AUGGCAGCGUUCUGCGGUCGGCACCUACCAGCGCAGCUGGUUAUAGACUCAACUCAGAAUACUCCCGAAGUGGCAGCGUUCUGUGGGCGGCACCUACCAGCGCAGCUCGCAACGGCUCUCGAGGCCAACCCGGGGGACAUUCCCAAGGCUCUCAUAUCCACCUUCUUUAGGAUGGACGAGAUGAUGGCGCGCGAGGAGCACCGGGCGGAGCUGCAGCAGCUGGCGAGCGAGGGGAAGGAGAGUGAGGACGCGCGGCUGAGACAGGAGGAGCGAGAAGCGCGCCGCGGCGAGGGCGAACGCAGCGCGCUCGUUGCCUCUGUGUUCGGGGCUGGUGAGGAGGAGGAAGAAGAAGAGGAGGAAGAGGAGGAAGAGGGGGAAGAGGAGGAAGAAGGGGAAGAUGAGGAGGAGGAGGAGGGGGAAGAGGAGGAGGAAGAGGAGGAAGGGGAGGAGGUUGAGGAGGGUGAGGAGGAAGAAGAAGAGGAUGAGGAGGAUGAGGAAGGGGAAGAGGCGGAUAGUGGUGGGGAGGUGGUAGGAGAGGGGCCUAAGGGCGGGGCAUUGGAGAGCAGAGCAGAUGCAGCAGAGGAAAAGGGGAGAAGCACUAGCGCGUUAGGCGCACAGGGGAAGGGCGCAUCUGCAGAUGAAGAGGAGAGCGGCAAGGGGAAGGAGACGGGGAAGGAGGGUGGUUGUGGUGCAGAGAAGGCUGAGAUUAGUGGAGAGAAGGGGGAGAGUGGUGGAGAGAAGGGGGAGAGUGGUGGAGAGAAGGUGGAGAGUGGUGGAGAGAAGGUGGAGAGUGGUGGAGAGAAGGUGGAGGGCGGUGAGGAGAAGGGCAGGCCUGUCCCAACUCCCCCAACCACCACCCUCUCCCUCCCUCGCCCCACACGCACCCACCAGCCAAUAUUCAUGAUCAAUAGAGGGACAGGGGCACCCCAAAAAGCUUAUCAUGGGCCCGAGGCGGGGUGCACGGUGGUGGUAGCAGUGGUGGCAGGGAAACAGCUCGUGGUGGCGAAUGCGGGCGACUUGCGGUGUGUGCCAAUCUUUAUGGUCAAGAAAAUGACACCCCAGAAGGCCUAUCGGGGCCCCGAGGCGGGGUGCACGGCGGUGGUAGCAGUGGUGGCGGGGAGGCAGCUGGUGGUGGCGAAUGCGGGCGACUCGCGGUGUGUGGUGAGCCGGGGAGGAGAGGCGGUGGAGAUGUCGCGAGAUCACAAGCCCACCAUGCCGGAGGAGCGCAGGAGAAUUGAGCAGUCGGGGAAGUUCGUGUCGGACGGCCGGAUAGACGGCUGCCUCAACCUCUCCCGUGCCCUAGGGGACAUGGAGUACAAGCACAGGCCUGAUCUACCUCCAGAGAAGCAGGCAGUCACGGCAUUGCCUGAAGUCAAAUCGGUUGAUUUAUCGGAUAAAGACGAGUUCAUUGUGCUUGCAUGCGAUGGCAUCUGGGACGUGAUGUCAAGCCAAGCCGUGGUCACGUUUGUGCGAUCAAGGCUGGCGAAAGAGGUGCCCCUAACCAACAUAUGUGCACAGCUCAUGGAUGAAUGCAUCGCUAAGGAUGCGCACUCAUCGCCUCUCGGCCUGGACAACAUGACAUGCUCACACCACGUGAUGGUCCAGCUCUUGUGUCGGGAGAAUGCGAGGAAGGUGGGGAAGGCGAGGAAGGUGGGGAAGGUGGGGAAGGCGAGGAAGGUGGGGAAGGUGGGGAAGGCGAGGAAGGUGGGGAAGGUGGGGAAGGCGAGGAAGGUGAGGAAGGAGAGGACGGUGAAGAGGAUUAUUUUUAGGUGCCUCCAAAAUGAGGAAGGUGAAGAGGAAGGUGAGGAGGAAGGUGAGGAGAAAGGCGAGGAGGAAGGUGAGGAGGAAGGUGAGGAGAAAGGUGAGGAGGAAGGUGAGGAGGAAGGUGAGGAGGAAGGUGAGGAGGAAGGUGAGGAGGAAGGUGAGGAGGAAGGUGAAUGUGUUAAUGAUUUUCAGUGCUCACGUCAAGUGAUGGUCCAGUUCUUGUACCGGAAGAAUGCGAGGAAGGCGAAGAAGAUUAGAUGA